UUUACUCUCUCUGAUAUUGCUUUCUGCUAGCUCUGCUCUGCUCCACAUCUGACAUGGCAAUGUUUAUUUUUGUUUUUUAGAAACCAGUUAGAUCAGAUUCUGAUUCCUGGCAGAGAAUACAUGGCGGCAUGAGGACAUUCAGUCAUUCACAGUUAAUGAGGAGAAGUUUUAUAUUGCAGUCUUUUAAGAGUUGACCUCACCCGUGUUAGUGCAUGGAUGAUUGUUCUCUUUUCUAAUGCUUUAUUGGUCCGUCUCUGUCUAUGUAAAAUUGAGCAGAAUGUUUUCUUUCAUUCAUAAGUAUGUGAUUCCGUCUUGAUGACAGUUUGAGAUAUGGGAUGUGACACAGACCGUGAAAGAGCUGUCGUUUUUUUUGGAUCUGUCUCUCCUAACAUGAUUUCAGCAUCAACAUGAACGCUGCAAAUAUUUUGUUACUUCUGUUACUGUUGUAUGUUAAUGUCCUGCAGAAAGGUGAAUUUGUCUCCCAGUGUCUGUUGGAAAGCAGACUGAACAAGGUUUUCCUCUUGGAUUUUGCCUGUGACCAGUACAUUGUGUGAGCAGCUCUCCCAGCUCUCCCUGCUUGCCCUGUUACAGAAAUACUGUGAGGCUCUCUCCGCACUCUACAAUGUCACAGGUUUGUAUUGCAAUGCCACAACUGAUGAGAUUGGAACAUGUUGGCCAAGGAGCAACACCGGACGGAUGAUGGAGAGACCCUGUCCAGAGUACAUCAACGGGGUAAAGUACAACACCACAAGGAGUGCUUACAGAGAAUGCAUGGAUAAUGGAACGUGGGCUCUGAAGAGCAACUACUCCAGUUGUGAACCCAUUUUGGAGGAGAAGAGGAAAUACCCAAUGCACUAUAAGAUUGCUCUGAUCAUCAACUACCUCGGCCACUGUAUUUCUGUGGGAGCUCUUGUCAUAGCCUUCAUUCUCUUCUUAUGCUUAAGGAGCAUACGAUGCCUUCGAAACAUAAUCCACUGGAAUUUGAUAACAACCUUCAUUUUGAGGAAUGUUAUGUGGUUCCUACUUCAGUUGAUUGAUCACAAUAUACAUGAGAGCAAUGAGCCUUGGUGUCGUCUUAUAACGACUAUAUAUAACUAUUUUGUGGUGACCAAUUUUUUCUGGAUGUUUGUUGAGGGAUGCUACCUUCACACAGCCAUUGUGAUGACUUAUUCAACAGACAAGCUAAAGAAAUGGGUAUUCUUGUUCAUUGGCUGGUGCAUUCCAUGUCCUAUAAUUGUUGCUUGGGCCAUUGGGAAGCUUUACAAUGAAAAUGAACAAUGCUGGUUUGGGAAAGAACCUGGAAAGUAUAUUGACUACAUUUAUCAAGGACCGGUCAUCCUUGUUCUUUUGAUAAACUUCGUUUUCCUCUUCAACAUAGUAAGAAUUCUCAUGACCAAGCUGAGAGCUUCUACCACAUCAGAAACCGUACAGUACAGAAAAGCGGUCAAAGCAACGUUAGUGUUACUGCCUCUGCUGGGGAUCACCUACAUGCUAUUUUUUGUUAAUCCCGGAGAGGAUGACAUCUCGCAAAUAGUUUUUAUUUAUUUCAAUUCAUUUCUACAAUCAUUUCAGGGGUUCUUUGUUUCAGUAUUCUACUGCUUUCUAAAUGGCGAAGUGCGCUCAGCCGCCAGGAAAAGAUGGCAUCGUUGGCAGGACAACCAUGCCCUGAGAGUGCGUGUGGCACGUGCCAUGUCCAUCCCCACGUCACCCACCAGGAUCAGCUUCCACAGUAUAAAACAGACCACAGCUGUUUGACCUAGAUCGCCAAGUUCAAAGGUCGCCUUUGGAAACAUCCCUUUUCUAGGGAAGACACUUGUCUUAAGGCAUCUCUCCAUAAAUGUUGUCCAUUUGCUUUAUUUAUUUUCCCCUCUGCAUAAAGACAGAGACAGAGCACUUUGAGAAAGAGACCAUUAGGAUUUCCAGAUUAUAAUACCGUAACAUGACGUCCUAGGAGGUCACAGAAGUCAGGACCAUUCAAAACAGAUGGGCAAGUUUGCCUCUCCAAAUAACCAUUGUGAAGUAAUUGCAGAGUCUAAGUUGUACUGCCAUUGCAUCAAGAGCUGUUAUCAUACUAUAGUACAUCAGGUUAUAUUUUAAUAGGUCAGGAAGGUUGACCUUUCAAGGCCCCGUGCUGGAUGCUGAUGAGGCAAAACAAAAUCAGUGUUAGUGUCAAAAGAGACCCUAAUCACUCCCAGCACUGUACUGUACUAGUGGUAUUUAUAUCCAUAACCCUUCAUAAUUUGAUAUCUAUGAGAGGGCAGAGAUUAUUUAAGCAGGAUUGUGCUUUAACAGUGCGGGCACGGGAUGCAAUUGCAUUCUGUGUCUGUUGCACACCAAGUUUGAGAUGAGAUUAGAGAGAUGUAAUUAUACUGUUAAAUAAGGAAGUGAUACUCUUUGGUUUGUCAUCAGCACUACUUUUAUGAGUUGUCAAAAUGUCACCCUAAGAGCUUUUCAUUUGUAUAAAUGUUUUAAGGCUAAUUUAUUUUCAGAUUGUUCGUUGCCAAUCACUCUCAAACACUUUUGAACAGCAUAACGUCAAUGAUGUGUUUUUCUCACUUCUGUAUAAAAAACCAUAAGGCUACUCUAAAUAAAUCAAAGCUAUCUUUCACUGGGUUCGAGCUCAGAUUAUAUCCAUUAUCUAAUGCAAAUAAUGGAGAUAGGACUGUGAUUCAGAUACAUUUAUAUGACACUUAUUUCAAAAACUAAACACAAACACUAUUUUAGUGUCGUAGACCCUUAUUUCAGUCCGCAUAAUGCCACAGCUGUCCCAAGUCAAGAUACAUUUUAAGGUACAGUACAUUAAAUCCUUUUAAUGUAUUACAAAUAUUGAAUUAUUUUCUCUCUUUCAAAUCCCAAUGUGCUGCACUUAAUCAUUGUCAAUGCUAAGCUGUUGUGUCCAGGAGCCAGAGAGAGAUAGAGCCUGAUGAGUUCCAUUUGGCUUCCUUAAUGCUUUGCCCUGCUCAGGUCAACAUGCCAAGACCUGCCCCGGUAGUGACCGACCGACCAUCUGACCUGCAUUGGUGUUAUCCACCUCUCCCUCCAGGCCCAGGCACUUAGGCAAGCCUGGUUAUUCAAGCUUCAGUAAGCAGUUCUGGGAAAUAGAACAGUAGAACUCAUGCACCCAUGGAAUUAACUUGGGAUUUGGAAUUGUAGAAAUUGUGUAAAUAGAUGGCAUGUUGGGGACAAACUCACUAAUCUGGUGUGGAGGUAUUUCUCUGAUUUGGGUUCAAAAGCAAACUUCUUUGGUAUCAAUGAUACAUGCUUGUUAUCUGACUAGUUGCCAUGAAGAUAAUGAUUAUGGCAACAAUCUUUCUCAUUAUUUUUGUUACUUUUGGAGUAGUAAGGAAGACCACUCCAAUAAAACAAUAUCACAUCUGUUGAGGUUUGCUGUUGUGAAAGGGGCUUAGAUAUGGCUGUGACUACAUCAUAAGUAAUUAUUGCUUUAUACACUCUCUUGCAAUUGAAAUUGUACUCUAACCACAUUUAUGUUGUUGUUCAUUAAAAUUACUUGACAAAUGGUCUAAAAUUGCUUGUAGGGGAAGGUAUCAAUUGAUAAUUGCUGUGAACAUGAUUGACCUGUCUUGACCAUUAGAGUUUACAUCCCUUGAUUGCUCUUGGCCUAAUUUUCUGGAACAGUUGUCUAUGUAGCAGUUCUCUGUGAUAUUUUCAUACAAAAUGUAUAUUUUCAUAAUUGUGACUGAGUCCAUAUGCACAAGAAAUCUCUUGAAUCAAAGUAUUCAAGCAAACAGUCCCGAGAUCUAUAUAAAUACGUAAAUAACGGUCAAUAUUUUGCUAUUUUCUGGUCCUAAACCACUAAACACUUUUGGUUGAACAUCAUUUUGUUAUUUAUGUUUGGGAGGUGCCUCCAAGUUGAAUGUUUAUUUUGGAGAAGUUUUACUCAGAUUUAGGGGUUCUAGUUUGAGAAGGUCUAAAAAGAAGAAUAUAUCUUCAAAGAGUACGAUAAAACAUGUAUAACCAAAAUGUUUCGUUGUAAUGUACAUAAACUCUUUUAAAGUUUGUUGUAUAUUGUAAUUAGUAAUUGUACAAAUGUUAUGACGUAAAUAUGUUUUUUUCUAUUAUACUGUUGGAGUGAAAGUAAUUAAUUAAGAACAUUCAGAGCAUUCAGGUUACAUGAAUACCUAGGACCAUCCAAAGCAAUCGUAGAAAGGUAUGAAUAUUUGAAUAACAUUUUACUUCAUCAUCUCACAAUCUCUUCUUGUGCAGCUUAAAUUGUACUUUCCAUUAUGUUUUUAGUCUAUUGAAUUCAUUACAAUUCUGCACAUACAGUACAUAUUACAAUACUCCUAUGAAAGUUAAAACUCACCAAGCGAAAUCACCCCCAACAUUUUUCUUUGAUUGAAACAUGAAAAUUGAGAUUUUUUUGUUGCAAUUUUUAUAUUAUUUUAUAAAUAUAUAAUGAAUAGUUCAUUCAAAAUGACAAAUUCACCAAAGAUAACAGACACGUUUACCUGAAUAUGUUUACUUGUUGUCAGUGCACUUUCUCUGACCAAAUAAUUUAUUUUUCAUACUUUGUACAGCUUCACAAUUCUCUGAUGUAUUCUCGAUGUAAUAACUUAUUAAUGUACAGGAAUGCAUUUUGGCUGUAUGUUGAAACACCAACGUUGCCUUUUAGAAAAACAGAAAAGUGUGUUUUUGUGGAACGAAGAAAAACUGUGUUUCUACAGUAAAUGUUGUACGGUGUAUGAUCAAUAUGCAUUUAUAAAGGUACAUGUGGUAAAAUCAACCUUCAGAUUUGAAAUAAAUAUUCUAUUCAACUCUC